AUGGCUGUGAAACAGCAGAUGAAAGACAAGAUAGGUACGGCAUUCUAUCAGGCAAACCUGUCCAAACCACCCCAAUGGCAACAAACAUUCAAGUUGCGAUACCUGGAUGCGAUCCUUAAGGAGUCAAUGCGAUGCUGCCCGGUCAUACCGUUUGGCCUAGAGCGUGUCGUUCCACCAGGCGGUAUCAUUCUUGAAGACCGAUUCAUUCCCGAGGGAACUUUACUAGAAUGCCAUAUCGAGGCUCUUCGAAAUGAUAGAGCGGUAUAUGGGGAAGAUGGUGAAGUCUUUCGACCAGAGCGUUGGCUUACCACUGACACCCAGCGGCGACGACGCAUGGAGCAAGGACUGUUGGAAUUUGAUAUCGGCAGACGAAUUUCACCAGGGGUUUUCGUUGCGUGGAUUGAGUUGAAGAAAGCCGCUGCUUUGAUGAUACUGAACUUUGAUUUCCAUGCUCAGAGAGAUCGCGACCUUAAUAUCACGGCCUAUCAUGAUCUGCCACCCCUGAUGGUCAGUUUUUCUCAGAGGGUACACUGA